AUGUAUCGCCGCACAUCGACUCCUGGUGGUGCACAAACAUCAGUCGAGGAUGACGGGCAGCAGCAAAUGGGCCGCAUCCCCACGACAGGUGCCCCAAACUCUGUGUACACUGCACAACAUUCCACGCCGCGACAACACACAACUGGAUUGACACAACAACGGGCUGCUUGGGAAAUUGUAUUUAUAACAAUAGCAGUCCUUAUUUUGACAUUCUGGAUAUAUGUGGAACUUCCAGUACGAAAAAUAAAAAAAUUAACGUGUCAUAUCCCUGGCCCUAAGCUUAUACCUGGCUCAGGAUUACUUAUAGCUUUAUAUAAAAUCUUUAACGAAGGUCCAGGAAUACUUAAAUAUUUUAUGCAAAUUAUUGCACAGUAUGGUCCAGUUAUUCGAUUGUCGCACGUUGGACGAGUGACCAUUGUUCUCACUGACGUCGAAGAUAUUGAAGUAGUAUUAAGGGAUGCUGAAAUGAUAUACAAACCUCCUAUAAUGAGGAGAUUGAUAAAACCAUGGCUUGGCAAUGGAUUACUAUUUAGUGAAGGAUCUUACUGGAAACAGCAAAGAAAAUCAAUAACACCCACAUUCCAUUUUAAUAUAUUAGAGAAAUUUUUCGAAGUUUUUAAUGAGCAAGGUGACAUUUUAGUUGAAAUGUUGAAGGAAAAAGCAGAUGGCAAAACAAAUUUAGAUAUUUCUUCCUUCAUGAAAUCAUAUGCGUUAGAUGUUAUUUGUGAAACAGCUAUGGGAUCUAAAAUGCAUUCACAAACAAAAUUAGUUCAAAAUGAUUAUGUAUCAGCAGUUUAUGAAAUACAAAGAAUAUUUAUAGACCGAUUAUGUAAGCCCCUCGAACAAAUCGAUUUUAUAUUUCCUUUUACAAGAAAUGGACGUAUUCAGAGAAAAUGUUUAAAAGUUUUAAAUGACAAAUGUGACGAGAUAAUACGCCAAAGAAGAAAGGAUUUGGUUGAAGCAACAACGAAUCUCACCAAAAUGAAACAUGAGGAUGUUGGUACUAAAAAACGUUUAGCUUUCUUAGAUUUAUUACUUCACGCAACGAAUCUUGAUGGUACGCCUUUAACGAAUGAACAAAUUAGGGACGAAGUAGCGAGCUUCACUUUUGCCGGCCACGACACAACCUCUACGCAAUUGUCUUUAUUUUAUUAUAUUUUGUCUAAACAUCCUGAUAUACAGGAAGAAAUCUACAAAGAACAAUGUGCAAUUUUUAUGGGUGAAAACCAUGAGCCCACAUUUAAGGAUGUUCAAGAAAUGCAAUAUUUAGAACGAACAAUUAAAGAAUCUCAACGAUUAUGUACUGUUGUACCAUUUUUAAGUCGUCAAACGCAUAAAGAUAUUACACUAAAAACAAAUGGCUAUGUUGUGCCAAAAGGUACUAUGGUUGUUCUAUUUCUUACAUCCUUACAUCGAAAUCCAAAUAUCUUUCCAAAUCCAGAAAAAUUUGAUCCAGAUCGUUUUUUACCAGAAAAUAUACGGAAAAGAAAUCCAUUCGCAUUUAUACCAUUUGGUGCAGGUCCUAGAAAUUGUAUAGGUCAAAAAUAUGCAAUGCUUCAGAUGAAAACAACUACCAGUAAAAUAAUAAGAAAUUUCAAAAUAUUACCAGGAUAUGAAGAAAAUGGUACGCUAUAUGAACCAGAUUUUAAAGCAUACAUUGUAUUAGUUGCUAUAAAUGGUAUUAAAAUACGACUUGUUCCUAGAAAAUAA